CAUCCGACAUUGUCGGAAUUUAAGAAGUUGGGAAACUGGUAAUUUUUGCGAUUAGAGGGACUGAGGAGGUCGAUAAAUCGGAAGCCACCGUGUGAUAAACUUCAUUAUACCAAACCAGUUCUUCGUGUAACGAUCUUCAGUUUUCUUAUAGUUGAGUGUCCGCGCGCGAACAAAUUUGCGAGAUGUCCUUGCGGUUGAUUACGUUGUUUGGCACUUUGCUGCUUGUCCAGGCGAAAAUUUUGCCCGUUGCGCCCGAUCCAAAAAGUCCGGAGAAUUGUAAGCAAAACAAGCCCUUGAUCAACGCCGUCAACAAAAAAGGAGAUACAGCGCUUCACAUGGCCGCCCGAGUCGGUUAUGUCAACUUGACCCAACAACUGAUCCAAAGUGGCGCGAAUGUAUCCAUUCAAAAUUUGGACGGCAACGCACCCAUACAUCUGGCCGUAUGGUACAACAAUACCGACACCCUAAAUGCGCUUCUCAGUAGUGGCGCGUCUUUAGUUGUUCACAAUAACGAAGGGUACUCGCCCCUUCUGUUGGCAGUGGCUAAUAACCACUACGAAAUGACCAACACGCUUAUUACAAAUGGAGCGAGCGUCAACUAUGCGAAGAAAGACGGCAACACCGCGCUUCACAUUGCCGUUUCCAAAGGCAACGUGCAAAUUGCGAAGCUUCUACUUGGCAAAGGUGCAAACAUCAACGUACAUAACUUACAAGGAAACACACCGUUGCAUGCGGCCAUGUACGGCAGUAACGAGGAGCUGUUGGACUUGCUCGUUGGCAGUGGAGCUGACAUCAAUGCGGUUAAUGUGGACGGAUACACCGCGCUCCAUACGGCGGUUAUACAACGAAAUCCGGAUGUUAUUCGAAUAUUGGUUAAGAAGGGCAUCGAUCUCGUUGCCCAAACUAAGGAGGGCAACACUGCGUUACAUUUGGCAUUGGCUAAAGGUUAUCCAGAUAUUGCUAGUCUGUUACUUACCCUUAACAAUGCCUUAUGUGAGACGUAAUGGACCCACUAAGAAGGAAAACCUAAUGAUGACAGCUGUAAUUAGUUUUAAGAAUACUCUGUUAGUUUUGUAAUAAAUUAUCUUCUUUUUUA